AUGUCUAAUGAAGCGCCUGCGGACGAUGAGGUCACCACCAGAGUCAGGGCGGCCGUUGCAGGCGACUUUCAGCCUGAGCAUGUCGACGGCUUCCCUAUGAGGCCCGAUCAGGCGUCGAUCAACCUGGGAUCGAUCGACGCUCGAUCCUCGAAGCCUCUGGUGAAGGAGGAUGACAUGGAUCGUGACAAGAGGCGUGAGUCCAUAGAGAAGUUGAAGUCCGCAAAGGACUUGGAAAAGAAGAAGGAAAAGAAGAAAAAUCUCGAGAAGAGGAAGAAGGAAGUAGAAGAGCGCAAGCGGGAGACGCAGCAACAGCUACAGCAGGGGCAGCAACAACCGCAGCAGGAAGGAGAAGAAGGAGAGGAGGAGCGGCGGCAAGAAAGGGACCAGCUUGAGGAGCUGCUGGUGCAGGACCGGCAGCAGGAGCUGCGGGAGCUCUAG